AUAAUCAACACACUUUACUCUUCUCACUCUCUCUCUCUCUCCUAGGGUUAGGGUUUACAGAAGGGAAUUUUCUUCUACGAGCAUAUCUCUUGUUUGAUAUCUCAAUCCCCAAAUGGACCCAAUCAAGAAGCGAAAGCUCGAUGAAAACGGCGUCGCACUACCGGACUCCGACGCCGGGCCGAACCAGCUCACAGUCGACGACGCUCGGAAGAUCAUCGAACCGUUCACACACGAACAGCUCCUCGAGAUCGUAAAAAAUGCCGCCGUUCGCCACCUCGACGUCCUCGACGCCGUCCGAUCAAUCGCCGAUCGCGACCCAGCUCAGCGAAAGCUCUUCAUUCGCGGUCUCGGUUGGGACACCACAACCGAGAAGCUUCGCUCUCUCUUCUCCGCAUACGGAGACCUCGAUGAAGGCGUUGUGAUACUCGAUAAAGCCACAGGUAAGAGUAAAGGUUAUGGCUUUGUUACUUUCAAGCAUGUUGAUGGGGCUUUGUUGGCAUUGAAGGAACCUAGUAAGAAAAUUGAUGGUCGAAUGACCGUUACGCAGCUUGCUGCUGCCGGAAUUCAACCCACUGUGAAUCCGCAUUCGGGUGUGGAUGUGUCGGCGAGGAAGAUUUAUGUGGCUAAUGUGCCUCAUGAUAUGCCUGGGGAUAGAUUGUUGGCGCAUUUUUUAUCGUAUGGGGAGAUUGAGGAAGGGCCUUUGGGUUUCGAUAAGGCGACUGGGAAGUCAAGAGGGUAUGCUUUGUUUGUUUAUAAGACUAUUGAGGCUGCUAGGGCUUCGCUGGUUGAUCCGAUUAAGACGAUUGAUGGGCAUCAAUUGAAUUGUAAAUUGGCAAUUGAUGGGAAGAAAGGGAAGCCAGAGAUGCCUGUUGCUGCACCAGGGGCUGGGGGGGUUCAGGGGCCGACUGGGGUUCCUGGUGAGGCUCAUGGAAAUGGGCUUGGGAUGCAUCAUCCACCUUCUUCUAUGCCCGGUUCGCUCGCUGCACAGUAUGGCGUGCCUGUUGGUUCGUAUGGUGGGUUUUCGGGUGGAUUACAGGGUCAUCAUCCUUUGAAUUCAUCAAUGGGUGGUGUUCCUGGAUUGUCCUCGGUGGGUGGUGCUGCUGCUGCUGGUCCUGUGUUGUCCUCCAUGGGCAAUCAAGCACCAUCUUCUUUGGGUGCUACUGGUGCUUAUGGUUCUGGGUUGGGUGGUCCUUAUGGUGGUUCUCAUUAUGGUGGGCCUGGUUCUACUCUAUAUGGAGGAUUAGGUGGUGCCACUGGGGGAUUGGGUGGCAGUGGGGGCGGUUUUGGUGGCGUUGGAAGUGGGUUGGGUGGUGCUGGCCGCGGAUCUUCAUUGUAUGGGUUGCCACCUAGCUCAGGUGGGAUGCCUUCUGGCAGUUAUCCUGAGAGUGCACAUUAUAGUUUGUCGUCUUCUGGUUAUUCUAGCCAGCAAAGCCAUCCGGCUGGAACAUCACCUGCCACUAGAGUUCCACCUGGGGGAAUGUACCAAAGUGGCCCCCCAUACUAUUGAGAUUGAUGGAUUGAGUUGCCAAUGGAUGUUUGAUUCAAGUGUAUGACAGCUUGUUGGGCGCAGUUGCUUUUAGUGGUUCUGGUGAUUUCGUGAAUGCAGACACUUUGAACUCUGCCUUGAUGAAUUUUAUUAGCUGUACUUUCUACUUUGGCACUUCUUCAUUUCAUCUGUUACUUAACAUGUAGUUCCUUGAUGAUUGUGGUAGCUGAAGUGACUAGUUAGACAGUUUCUGUACUUUGGAUCAGAAACCUAUAUAUCAUCUGUGCUUUUUUAUUAUAUAUAUUUUACUGUUAUAGGUAUCGGAAAUAUUUUGUGUUACUUUCUUGAGAUGCUUAAUGUUUUUCAUUCUUGCUUCUGGUUA